AUGCUGCCGAUAGACUCCCCUUUGCUAGAAACACUCCACCAGAUCCCCGGAUCUAUCCAGACAACGACCGUCGAUCAAGAAUCUUGCGAGGCAAUAAGCCGCGUUGUUAACAAUUGUCGAGAAAGGGCAGAGAAACUCCACACGAUUUUCGAAUCAACUAGGCUGAAUGAUGAAACCCGCGGCCUGGAGCGCCGGAAAGCUAAAUUUCGCAUCCUGACCCAUAGCAACAAUGUCGCAUCACUUAUGCGUGGUAUAGCGGAGGACAUUCAAUAUUUAACGAUCAGCCAAAUCACCAAGCCAGGCGUCGAGGCCCAAGUAGCAGAGGCUCUCAACAUUUUGAAGCAGCUAAAGUUAUCCCCACCUUCCACGGAUGUUUUAAAUACCAAUGAUACGGAGCGAGACACUUUACUGAAGAACUUAGAAUGGGACGAUCCCAGGGACGACCUGCACCGAAUUCGAGGAGUCAAAGGUGGCCUGGACCGUGACGUCUCUCGCUGGAUCCUUACACACCCAGGCUACCUUGAAUGGAAAACUGGGACAUCUAAGCCGCUUUGGAUCAAGGGUGAUGCUGGAAAAGGCAAAACCAUGCUUUUGAUAACCCUUGUGGAGCAGUUUCAAUCCUCCUCCAAACUUGCCACCCACUCCCCGGACAACCAAUCAGCCUUUGAUGAAACUUUAUCAUUCUUCUUCUGCCAGAAUACUGACCCGAGGCUAAAUGAUGCAGUGGCUAUCCUCAAGGGAUUAAUUUAUCUCCUAAUGCUCCAGGAUAGCAGCAUGAUCUCCUUCAUCAAGCAUGAGUACGCCCGAAAGGGCAAAGAAUUUUUCGAUUCGUCUAGCAAUGCAAAUGCCUUCCAUGCGCUUUCUAGAAUAUUCCAGGACAUGGUUCAAAGUUUCACUCAAGGAACCGUUUACUUGGUUGUCGAUGCUCUUGAUGAGUGCGAAACUGAGCGAGACGACCUCCUUCAACUUAUUAUGGAUACCUCCCAGCAAAACAGCUGCCUGAAAUGGAUCGUAACAAGCCGCAAUACUGUAGUUAUCGAUGAGACUCUCACGUUGAGUCUGGAGGUGAACUCGGAGGCUGUGCGCAACUCUAUCGAGAUCUACAUCCAUCACAAAAUUAUGCGAAUACCAUCCCUGCAACCAAACCCUGAACUGAAGGCUAUCGUCGAGAAAGAACUCCUCGACAAGGCUGGCGGCACCUUCUUAUGGGUUGACUUGGUUUUCCAGUCGGUCCGCGAUGUGUUAGCUAAAGAUAUAAUUGGCCUGAUUCAAAAGAUGCCCGAAGGCCUUCCAGCUCUUUACGGCCGGAUGAUGGAGGUGAUGAUGUCAAGAACCGACACAAGAGACGCGUGCCUUAGAACCCUGUCUAUCGUAACGGCAGCAUAUCGCCCCCUUCACAUUCUCGAGUUGCGGACCUUAGCAGGGUUCUCGUGCGAUGAUCUUGACUUGAAGAGGAUUGUGGAGUUGUGUGGCUCCUUCCUUACUCUUCUUGACCAUCGCAUCUACCUUAUCCAUCAAUCGGCCAAUGACUACUUGGUUAGCGAAGAGGCGCUCGAUACAAUAUUUCCUUCUGGGAAGAAAGCCCCAAGCAACCACGGCACCUUGGUCCGGCAAAUAGAAGACGCCUACCGCUUCAUCCUGCAUAGCCGCGCAUUUAUCGAAAAGUCCCCGUUACAAACAUAUGUAUCCGCACUCAUUUUCGCACCCGCGAAUUGUGUCAUCCGAAAACUAUUCAAGUCUGAAGAACCAAGUUGGAUCUCUCCGAAACCGAUAGUUGAGCAGGGCUGGAGCCCGUGCCUCCAGACGAUGGUAGGCCAUGCUGGAGAAGUGCCAUCAGUGGCCUUCUCGAUAGAUGGUACUCGAAUCAUCUCUGGGUCAGAUGAUACAACCAUACGGGUCUGGGAUGCUAGGUCCGGGCAGCAGAUGCAGAAGCUUGAAGGCCAUGGUGGGUCGGUUACAUCAGUAGCCUUCUCGCCAGAUGGUACUCGCAUCAUCUCUGGUUCAAAUGAUAAAUCGAUAAGGAUCUGGGAUGCUAAGUCAGGGCAGCAGAUGCAGAAGCUUGAAGGCCAUGGUAGGUCAGUUACAUCAGUAGCCUUCUCGCCAGAUGGUACUCGUAUCAUCUCUGGUUCAGAUGAUGAAACGAUAAGGAUCUGGGAUACUAAGUCAGGGCAGCAGAUGCAGAAGCUUGAAGGCUAUGGUGGGUCGGUUACAUCAGUAGCCUUCUCGCCAGAUGGUACUCGCAUCAUCUCUGGUUCAGAUGAUAAAAUGAUAAGGAUCUGGGAUGCUAAGUCAGGGCAGCAGAUGCAGAAGCUUCAAGGCCAUGAUUGGCGGGUUAGAUCAGUAGCCUUCUCGCCAGAUGGUACUCGUAUCAUCUCUGGUUCAGGUGACGAAACGAUAAGGAUCUGGGAUGCUAAGUCAGGGCAGCAGAUGCAGAAGCUUGAAGGCCAUGGUAGGUCAGUUACAUCAGUAGCCUUCUCGCCAAAUGGUACUCGUAUCAUCUCUGGUUCAGGUGACGAAACGAUAAGGAUCUGGGAUGCUAAGUCAGGGCAGCAGAUGCAGAAGCUUGAAGGCCAUAGUGAUUGGGUUGGAUCAGUAGCCUUCUCGCCAGAUGGUACUCGUAUCAUCUCUGGUUCAGCUGACGAAACGAUAAGGAUCUGGGAUGCUAAGUCAGGGCAGCAGAUGCAGAAGCUUGAAGGCCAUGGUGGCGAGGUUACAUCAGUGGCCUUCUCGCCAGAUGGUACUCGUAUCAUCUCUAGUUCAGCUGAAGAAACGAUAAGGAUCUGGGAUGCUAAGUCAGGGCAGCAGAUGCAGAAGCUUAAAGGCCAUAGUGAUUGGGUUAGAUCAGUAGCCUUCUCGCCAGAUGGUACUCGCAUCAUCUCUGGUUCAGAUGAUGAAACGAUCAGGAUCUGGGAUGCUAAGUCAGGGCAGCAAAUGCAGAAGCUUGAAGGCCAUAGUGAUUGGGUUAGAUCAGUAGCAUUCUCGCCAGAUGGUACUCGCAUCAUCUCUGGUUCAGAUGAUGAAACGAUCAGGAUCUGGGAUGCUAAGUCAGGGCAGCAAAUGCAGAAGCUUGAAGGCCAUAGUGAUUGGGUUAGAUCAGUAGCAUUCUCGCCAGAUGGUACUCGCAUCAUCUCUGGUUCAGAUGAUGAAACGAUCAGGAUCUGGGAUGCUAAGUCAGGGCAGCAAAUGCAUAAGCUUGAAGGCCAUACUCUAUUGGAGUAUAUUCGAUUCGAAUAA